AUGCUUUUCUUUGCAGGCGAAGUAUCAGUAGCGUAUCACCGCGGCCUACCCCAGAUCACCGUUCCCCUGCCCAGCAGAAAAGAGCGAUGUCGCUUUACCCUAAAGCCUAUCACAAACACCGUAGGCGACUUUCUCGAAAUGCUGAAAAAAGAGGAUAAGGGCAUCGACAGGGCGACGUGUAUGACCAAAGACGGCGUUCGGAUAGCCGCUAGUAAUACGGUAGAGACAUUAUUGGAUGAUGACUUCAAAUUGGUCAUCAAUGACCAAUCGUAUAACGUGAGCACACCCAAGCAGGAAAGGCUGACGGGGGAGGAGGUCCAGAGAGUCGCUGAUAUUAAAACCAUAGUUAGCCAAUUAUACGAAGCAUUGCACAUACAAGAACAUGAAGUAUCCAAAGAAAAGGAACUUGUGAUGCACUUAGAACAAAUACAACAAGAACUCUUACCUCUAGAACAGGUAAUUGGCUGUUGA